AUGGUACUGUUUUGUGUGUGCAUGCGUAUUUUAGUGUUGUGAUUAAACGUUGAGAAAUUGUUUUAAAUUUUUUAAAAAAUAGUAUUGCAAUUGAAUUAAACAUUUUGCGGAUGCCUAUACCUAGACAUGAAAAUUCCAUAUUUCCAUGCAGAUCAUGUGAAAGAAAUGUUUUGUAUUUAACUUUUUUUUUUUUUUCCGGUUCUUAUAAGUUUCCAAAUUCGUUCAGUUAAUAUUUGAGGGUUAAAAACAGGCCCUCCCCAAAUCACUGGAUUGCAGGACUUCAUCAAGGGAUCCUGCAAAAACUUCUUACUAUUGUUCUCUGAGCACAUUAUGGGUAUGUCAACUGACAUGACUCCCAGAUAUAUAUCUGUGAAUCCAUCUGGACAGAUGACUUAUGUUUUAGAAACUAGCAGCAUCAACUUAGCUCAAGUUCAGUUAGCUGUUCCCGCUUCCGAAAUAGUAUUGAUUCAAGACGAAAAUAAGUCACUCAAUUUAUGUGAUAACCCUGUUCUAGUUGCAGACGUCAAUUCAGAUAACGUCAGCUGGUUAGGAAAUAAUGUGAUAGUCUUAGUCUCACAGCCACAAGAAUAUGUUGUGGUCGAACAGGAAGUUGUGGUAGAUUCUAAUGUUGCACAGUCUUGGCAGGUUGGUGAAGCAGCUGGGGUUACUGCCUCCCCGACUACGGAAAAUGUGACUGUCAAAAAUGAGAAUUUUGAAUCUGAAAUAGCUAUUGAAGAUGAAACCUCCACGACUGUGGAAGAUGCCAAAUGUUGGUUUCGUGAUUCUCUUAUUACAACUGCAGCACUUUCUACUCUAGCAACAUAUGUUCAGUCUAAUGGAACAACAUCAAAAAGCGGUUGAUUUUACUUUGUAACUGUAUGGAGCCCCAUUUUCAACCGA